AUGAUGUUAACUAUCGCUUCCAAAUGGUCACCCUCGAAGUCAAAAUUUCAACCAAAACUAGUCAAUGACAAUGAUCAACAUCUAAAUAUGAAAGUCAAUCCAAUACUUGUGAAUCCGUCGGUACCGCAAGCGCAAUCUCUGAAUAUUAAUGACGAUAAUUUAAUGAUAAAACAGCCGUUGUUGAAAGGAGAUGAAUUGGUGAAAUACAUUCAUCUGGAUUUAAAAGGUGCUCCACCUCAAGCUGAUAAAUUCUAUGAAAAUUUUUUCGAUUUCGUCGAUAAAUUACAAAUGGGUGUAAAAGGAGUUGUCAUCGAAUAUGAAGAUAUUCUUCCACUGGAAGGUCGAUUCGCUAACGCAACUCAUCGUUUUCAUUAUACAAAAUCUGAUAUGGAAUUGAUUCAAACAGCAGCGAAAUCACAUCAAUUGGAUGUUAUACCAUUGAUUCAAACAUUCGGUCAUCUAGAAUGGUUGCUUAAACUCCAGCAAUUUGAAUUGUUUCGCGAUGAUCUAAAUUCACCUAUGGUUAUUACACCAUGUCUUAACGAAACUUAUCUUCUUCUUGAAGAUCUUCUGAAACAAACGCUUGAUAUGCAUCCAUAUAGUAAUAUAAUUCACAUCGGAUGUGAUGAAGUUAUCUUAACCAAUUCUCAUCCUCAAUGCCGAGAAGCAUGGAUGGAUGUACCAGAACGAUAUGUCGAUCAUGUGAAACGCGUUGCAAAUAUAGUACGCAGAAUCCGACCAGCAAUACGAAUACUUAUUUGGGAUGAUGUUAUACGUGGUGAUCAAUUUCUAGUUAACGAAAAACUACUCAAUGAGCUGAAAGGCCUAGUAGAACCUGUCGCUUGGAAUUAUCAUCCGACAUUCGAUGAUUCUUAUGUAUUUUCACCUGUAUGGAAAAUCUAUUCGAACUUAUUUUCCACAGUCUGGGCAGCGAGUGCCUUCAAAGGUGGUCUCAAUCGUUAUUCUAUGCAGACAAAUGCAACCCAUCAUGUCCAAAAUAAUCGCGCAUGGCUUCAAUUCUUGCGAACACUCUCAACUGAUAAACGAAAUGCCUUUUCCGGUAUUAUUUUAACUGGUUGGUCACGCUUCGACCAUUUCAUGCCUUUAUGCGACUUAUUACCAACAGCGUACCAAUCGCUUGUAGGUAGUUUAUACACAAUAAAUACAGGCAAAAUCAUUCCUGUUGAAUACAUCAAUGAUUGCGAUAGUCUGAUGAAUUUGAUUGGAAGAGAUGCUCAACUAUGUCAGUCAUUACCAGGUCUUUCAAUUUGGUCAGGUAUAACUAGUUUAGCAUCAUCUCUUGCACAAAUUGAUGAUCGUCUGACAUUUUUACAUACCGUCGCACCAUCGUACAAUCGAAAACAUCGAUUUGUACGACGUUACGAACUAGAUUCCCGUUUAACUGAAUUACAAGCGCUCCAUACGGACCUAUUAACUCUUACACAGUCAUUACAUCAACAGUUCAGUGAACUCUAUUCGAUCGAUAUUAUCGACGAAUGGUUUGACCUUUACAUCUCACCGGCAUUGGAGCGUAUCAAUACAACUCUUGUUGAGUUUUCUCCCGUUCGAAAUCAAACAUUUUGGCCAAGACGGCCGUUAAUCUAG